AUGCAUUUAAUAUUUUUCAAAGGGUCGUGUAAAACAAUUGUUGAAGCUGGAUCAAUAAAAAAUGGUAUUGUAACGUUGGCAUAUUUAUUUGACGUCACAGAAAACCAACAUCAGGGCAUUGAUCACAUAACUACUCAUUUGAGUAAUGUACAAUCGUUUGGAAAAACGUCUAGAAUACCCGUUUUUCCGUUAAGUCAUUUGAUUCAUAACCAACCAGUUGAGUACUUUACGUACUCUGGGAAAAUCGAUAUACGCGGAUGUAAGUGUGGCGUAGCUCAGUGGAUAGUUUUCACUAAAACGAGUGAUGUUAAUCGUGAACAGAUGAAUCAGUUCCGUUGUAUGCUGAACAAGCAGGGUCAUGCUAUCAAUAGUAACUAUCGAAAGGCCAACCCAGUGCCAGCCGGAAACAAUACACGUCCCUAUCUGGUGGUGUUGAAGGGCUACCACAGCGACUCGACGGAUGACGUUGUCGUGGCGGCGGCGGUGGCCGUGGUCCGAUCACGUUCCGACGAACUAAGGCAGACAUCAAGACGCCCAUCAUUGAUUGUCGUCGCAUCGGUCGACAGCGGUAAUUCGCGCUUGCCCCUGUGCGUCAAGUCCACUAAGGCGCAACUGUUGCGUCGUGCGUUCAACCUGAACAAGCUGAAGGUCCACAACUACUGGCCAUCGACUACGAAGCCAAUUGUCAUAAGCAACCACGGGUUGUUUGAACACGUGCAGAGGGCGACCGUUGUCAAAACCGAGAACAAUAGCUUGCGGCCGUCGUUGUCGUUGGUCAACGCGACCAGACCGUCGUGGAAGUAA